AUGCGUACAAAGUUAGAGUCGAAGCCACGGUUUCAGGGUCUUUCCGUGGAAGAAGUGAGACGUAUGAAGGCAGAUUUGUGGACUAUGAGUCCACCGUGUCAGCCGUUCACGCGUCUUGGAAAUCAGCUUUGUGAGGCAGAUAAUCGGAGCGUGUCGUUUAUCCAUGUUCUGGCGCUACUUGCUGUGUCGGUUAAAACGCAUGAUGACAAUUUCUCCGAAUAUAUCCCUCAUUGCUUACCAGUGACCAAUUUUUUGACACCUGAUACUGAAGUGAAACAAGCAUCCACUUUCAUCGCAGACGACUGUUUGAAGCGGUAUUUCUACGUAAUGGACAUUGUUCGGCCUUGCGAUCGGAAGACACGAUGCUUUACGAAAGGUUAUACAAAACGUGUUGAAGGCACCGGUUCCGUAUUGCAAACUGCCCGUUUAGAUUUGGUAAGUUGA